UGUCAGAGCCAGCUGCUUGCUGACUUACUGGUCGACGGUUUUCCUUCAUAUUGAGUAUCAUUUGCGCAGAAAGUUGCAAAUUGAUGCCAUUGUGUAUUGUACUGUACCAUUGUGUAUUGGAACCAGUCAUUUUAGUAUUCAAGCAUCAACAGGUGCGGUUGGUGUAACCAGGGAAACACAGGCCUGUUCUCACUGAAUCAACCCCCGAUUGACUGCAUGGUUUAAAUGAAGAAUGAUGUCGUGCCACACAGCAAGACUUCGAUGCAGGCUGUCAUUUCUGAAGACGCGAAAGCUCUUGGAGCAUCUGCAACAGUGGCAUCGCUCCAUCACGAAGGGCUCAGACGGAGCCAGCCGCAGUCCCAGCCAGUGUCAUUAUGAUGUGGUGGUGGUCGGGGGUGGUCAUGCAGGAUGCGAGGCCGCAGCAGCCGCUGCCAGGACUGGUGCCCAGACUCUGCUGCUCACUCACAAGAUCGAAACCAUUGGCGAGAUGUCCUGCAAUCCCUCUUUUGGGGGCAUCGGCAAAGGUCACCUGAUGAGGGAGGUAGACGCACUGGAUGGACUUUGUGCCAGAAUAGCAGAUAAGUCAGGGAUUCAGUUCAAAGUGCUCAACAGGAGAAAGGGACCGGCCGUAUGGGGUUUGAGGGCCCAAGUUGACAGGGACUUGUACAGGAAACACAUGCAAGAGGAGAUACUGAACACCCCUAAUCUCACAGUGAAAGCCUCUCCAGUGGAAGAUCUGAUCAUAGGAGAUGUGCAAGCCGAGAGGGAAGAUACCAUUGCACAGAAGGGGUGCUACGGAGUCAUUCUCAAGGAUGGAAGCCGCGUGAGCAGUAAAGCAGUGGUCCUGACCACGGGUACCUUCCUGCGAGGCGUGAUUCAGAUCGGAUUAGAUGAACGGCCGGCUGGACGCCUGAACGACGAACCGACCAUUGGCUUGGCAAAGACACUGGAGUCGGCAGGCUUCACGCUAGGAAGGCUGAAGACAGGUACACCACCUAGGUUGGACGGACGGACGAUUGACUACAGCCAACUCGAGAGGCACCAUGGUGACGCCACGCCCAUUCCCUUCUCCUUCAUGAAUGACAGGGUGACAGUAAAGCCUGAAGAUCAGGUGAUAUGUCACCUGACCCACACCACACCCGGCAUUGGUCCCAUCAUUGUGGAGAAUAAACAUCUAAACGUGCACAUCAAAGAGACAGUCAGUGGGCCAAGAUACUGCCCAUCUAUCGAGUCCAAGAUAUUCAGGUUUGGCCCCGACAGGCUGCACCAGAUUUGGUUGGAACCCGAAGGACUGAACACAGACACUGUGUACAUGCAAGGUUUCUCAAUCACGCUACCGGCUGACCUACAGGAUCAGUGCGUCCACAUGGUCAGAGGAUUGGAAAACGUGGUCAUGACCAGACCAGGUUAUGGUGUGGAAUAUGACUUCAUGGACCCCAGACAGAUCAAAAGCACUCUGGAGACCAAACGACUACAGAACUUGUUCUUUGCUGGGCAGAUCAAUGGCACGACAGGCUACGAGGAGGCUGCUGCUCAGGGAAUCAUCGCUGGGCUGAAUGCUGCCUUGCUGGUCAGGAACCAGACCCUUUUCACUGUCAGCCGGACUGAAGGUUACAUUGGCGUGCUGAUUGAUGACCUCAUCACGCAGGGCACCUCAGAGCCCUACCGUAUGUUCACCAGCCGCUCAGAGUUCCGCAUGACAUUGCGGCCGGACAACGCUGACCAAAGGCUGACCAGCAGAGGUUUCGAAGCUGGCUGCGUUAACCUUGAAAGGUAUCAGAGGGCCCAAGCCACGGCAGACAGACUGGAUGAAGGCAUGGAGGUCCUGCGAUCUGUGCGCCUGUCGCGGUCCAAGUGGAGGCAGGGCAUGGAGGAGCUGAAAGUGGAAACGCCGCUCGCCGAUACCAUCCCCGGCAAGAUCAGUGCACUGGAGAUGCUGGCAUACCGGAAUGUGACUCUGGAGCAUCUUGCAGCUGUUGCACCUGACCUCAAGAAAUAUGCCGACGAUGAGAAUGUAGCGAUGAGGUUGAAAAUCAAAGGCGUCUACGCCCCUUUGCUACAUCAGCAGCAGUGCGACAUCGAUCAGGUCAAGCAAGAUGAAUCACUGGUACUCCCUGCUGAUAUUGAUUAUGACAGUUUAAACAUGUCCAGAGAAGCAAUCGCCAAGCUUUCUGCUGUUCGACCUCAAACAAUAGCGGCAGCUAGUCGAAUCGAGGGAAUGACACCAGCCGCUGUGCUGCGACUGCUGCACCACAUCAAACGGCGAGAGAAACAGUCAGCCACAGUUUGACGCACAGGCAUUUGUCACAAGCAUUUUAGUAAUGUGCAUUGUAAGUAUUUGGUAUUACACUGGGAGGGGAGGGCAGGAACCAGACCCCACGUAUGCUCCCUUACUGUGUCAGUAUAUCCAUGGAGGAAGGACACAGAAGGAGUUACAACUCUGGCACACCAAAGUACUCGAUGAUCAUCACCGCCCGGUCAGACGAACAAUAGUAAACAUUCCAAAAAUGCCUGAUUACUGCCUGUAGCUUAGGUGGACAAAUGGGACCAGUAAUAUCAUAACAAUAUUUGAGGUGUUUUCUUUGGAAUUAACUACAACCUAUCGCCGUGACCAGGAAACAGAAAAAAAAAUAUCUAACA